CGCCUCAGAAUGAGACUCCCCUCAUUCACUAAACACAGUUCGAAGGGCACUAGCUCGAAGGAUAGUGUUGCCACUGGCGAUACGCUGCCUGGCACUGGCACCGACGAUCACGCUACCGCCACGAAACCCACGACCAAGCUAGCCAACGAAUCCAGCAGCCCCUUCACCAUCACCUGCAUCCGAUGCGGCACCGUGCUCUCCGUCUAUAUCACGACAAAGAGAAUUGAGGAAAUUCAGCAGGCUGGGAACUCAGAGCUCAACAAGCACCAGCGCAGGUGCGAGGGCCCGCGUCGCUCGCCAUCUCAGACCGGACGUUCAGCAGCUGCUCCCACCUCGUCGAAGGACGCGCCUACUGCGAGUCUGUGGAACAAGCCUCGUGCAUCCUCGGAGAACGCGACCGCCACGUUCGACGCCAAUGGAGCAUUCUUGAAGCGCGUCACUGCCGCUGGCGACUCUCGAUCUUCCUCCUCGAUGCCGCCAACCGCGGUACCAUCGAACAUGGCCCGUGCAUCGAAAAGAGACAAGACCACGACGGACCACGCAGGUGCAAGGGCCGCAAAGCGUCCCACUACCGCUGACCGUUCCCGACCCUCUUUUGUGGCCCCAUCGACCUCUUCUGGGCCUUCUCGCUCUACUGGGCCAUCUCACUCUGCCAGGUCCUUCGGUACUGCUCGACCCGCCAAACCAGCGCGAGCACCCUCCUAUACCGACUUCUACCAGCGCGAGAUCGAAGCCACCAAGCGAGCUCGCGAGGAAGAGGAAGCAAGGGCCGCGGCGGCACUUGCCGUGCACAGGGGUCGCAAGCGCGGCCCGGAAGUCCCAAUAGAGAAAGACGCAGGCGCAAUGGACGAGGUAAUGGCGUCUAUCUACAAUGGAAAGGCGAAGGCGGAGGAUGAGGCGGAGCGCAACGUGAAGAAGCAGAGAACGGCUUGAGAGACCUCAGGGACCGAAAGCGGGAAGGCCGAUGUAUCUGGGUGUCCUGGUAUGCUUGUGAGUACCAUCCAGACACUUGGUCGUUCAUCAACUUGAGAGCGAAGAGAAGAUUUGUUCAACGAUAAACGUCGGUUCUGACAUUCAACAAUGUAUCUACUACUUACGAGCCUGCUGUAUAUGGGAAGUGUGCAGCCUUCAGAGAAUAAUCCUCUUAACUCCUACUCCUCUGAAGCGGGCUUCACAUGCAACAGAAGCUGCACCCCCCUUUCCAGCUCGUCCUCGA